UGAUCCAAUUGGCAUGUCAUGCCCAUCCAUGCUGAAGGGACGCCUCAUCUUGCAAGAAUUGAGCAGGCUACAUAAUGGAUGGGAUGAUAGUAUUCCGCUUGUCAAGCAGCAAGAGUGGACGGCUUGGCUAUCAGCUCUAAAUGAAGUGAAUGAAUUGUCAGUGAAUCGUUGUGUAAAACCUGAUAACUUUGGAGACGUAGUAUCUUGUCAACUUCAUCAUUUUGCUGACGCCAGUGAAGUAGCAUACGGAACGGUUUCUUACAUCCGGCUUACGAAUGCCAAAGGACAAAUCUGUUGUUCUUUUCUCAAGGGCAAGAUGCAUUUAGCGCCUCUCAAAGGAGCUACAAUACCUCGUCUGGAGCUCAUGGCGGCAACGACGGCGGUAAAAAUAUGCUCCCUGAUAGGUGAUACCAUUGAAUUCGAUGAUGUCGAGCAUAUAUUUUGGACUGACAGCACCACCGUUUUAAGGUACAUUCAGAACAAAGCGAAGCGUUUUCACACCUUUGUAGCAAAUAGAUUGGCAAUAAUCCACGAUGGGUCAAGGCCAGAACAAUGGAGGUAUGUCAAUAGUUCAGACAAUCCAGCUGACGACGUGUCUAGGGGUGUCCAAAGUAAGAGAUGGCUGAAUGGACCUGAAUUCCUUUGGAAGGACAAAGGCUUUUGGCCCUCAGCACCGAUCGCCUUCAGGGAGGUGACGGAGGACGACCCCGAAGUGCGAAAAACGGCGAUAUGCGCUAAAACUGCGAUUGUACCAGAUUCUGAAACUCCGAUGGAGCGGCUCAUUUUACAUUAUAGUCAGAAAGAAUCCCUGCUCAGAGGAUUGUCGUGGCUGUCACGAUUUACAAGAUCACUUAAGGAAGGACAGAAGGGGUUUAUAAAAAUGUCUCCCCCUUUGUGCUAUGAGGAGCAAAGUGAAGCAGAAAAGAAAAUAAUUCGACAUAUACAAGAACAUGAAUUUCCAAGGGAGUAUGAAAACCUGUCAGUUGGCGCUGAGGUACCAAGAACCAGUCGAUUAGUGAAGCUUCACCCUUUCAUGCAAGACGGUAUCAUUAGGGUAGGUGGAAGAUUAGCAGAGGCUUCGAUUUUAGAAGAAACAAAACAUCCUAUCGUUAUUCCGAGUCGUGGUCAUUUUACAGAACUACUCAUUACGGACGCCCAUGAAGCCGUAGGGCACAGUGGGAGACAGUUCACGCUAGCGAAACUUCGAAAACGUUUUUGGAUUCUGAAGGGAAUUUCAAGUGUAAGACGUGUUCUAAACAGUUGUUUGAGUUGCACUAAACUCUACCGACCACCUGAAUCACAACAAAUGGCCAAUCUUCCGUCUGACAGAGUGCAAGCUCAAGAGCCACCGUUUACGCGAACAGGUGUGGAUUACUUUGGACCAUUUUAUGUCACUCAAGGUCGUUCACAGGUCAAGAGAUAUGGGGUCAUAUUCACCUGUCUUGCUAUCAGGGCCGUACAUCUGGAGGUUGCUGAAAAUCUGACGUCAGACUCAUUCAUUUGCGCCCUGCGCAGAUUCGUUGCACGUAGAGGUAAUGUUCAAAUACUAAGGUCUGACAACGGAACAAAUUUUACUGGAGCCAACAGGGAACUGCGCUUAGAGAUGACAAGGUUAUCAGAAAAUGAGCAUGUGUUACAAAGAGCAAUGCUCAAGCGAGGAAUUACAUGGAAAUUCAACGUGGCAGGCGCCUCCCAUCAUGGUGGGGUGUGGGAACGUCAGAUACGAUCCAUACGAAGAAUACUCGAAUCCCUUUUAACAUCGCAAUCGCUCAAGGAAGAGACACUCCGAACCAUAUUUUGUGAAGUUGAAAACAUACUGAACAGUAGACCGCUUACGCCAGUAUCUAGCGACGUCAGGGACGAUCCACCUCUCUCGCCAAAUGACAUUCUUCUUCUGGGAGGACAUGGUGUAACGUUACCAUUCGGAGUCUUCUCCCAGGCGGACCAUGGAAAUAGAAAAAAAUGGAAGCAAGCUCGUCAUUUCGCAAAUGUUUUUUGGACACGGUGGAGAUCCGAAUACUUACCGACUCUACAAGAAAGGCACGUUAUGACAGAAACAAGAAAGAACUUUCAACCAGGAGACACAGUUCUGCUUGUUGAUGAUAGUGUUCCCAGAGGCCAGUGGCCACUCGGUUUGAUUGAAGCUGUUCGAACUAGUUCCGAUGGAUUGGUUCGAUCUGCGACUGUCCGAACAAGAGGGACAGUAAUGCAGCGCCCAGUGACAAAACUGGUGAAGUUAAAUUGAAACCUCUCGUUUUCGACCCCUCGUGGUUUCAAGGGGGUGGGUGUUGGCGCCGCCCAGCAAGAGGGUUCGCCGCAGUGUGUAUACGCGAGAAAAUUGUCACGCGAUUUUAUAAUUUCGAAUUCAGUAUUUUGUUUCCGUCUCAGCUGGAGUUUAUUGCAAGUUUAUUGCGCUAAAUUGAAUAUGGAGUAUAGUUAGGUGAUAUUUUGUGUUAAGUGUUAACAUAUUUUGAACCCCGCCCGCAGACUCAUAAACGGCAACAUGGAACUCAAGAGAGA